AUGAAUAGCUUAGCGAUUUGUCACACCGCCUUACAACGGGUGUUGGGUGGCCUUUUGUUUCUCAUCACCCUUUCACUGCCGCUCCAAGCAGAGACCGCCCUUUCAGACACUGAGAUCAUCGCAAAGGCAGAGGCAAUCCACACCGACGCACUGGUGCUUGACGCUCAUGCAGACAUCGUAAUUCCGUCGACUUCGCUCAGCUAUCUUGGGGAGGGCGGCGUUUCAAAAGUCAGCCCUGAGAAACUGACCAUCGGCGGCGUCAACGCUGUGGUCAUGUCGAUUGCUGUCGGACCGGGGCCCCGCACACCUGAAGGCGACGCGGAAGCCCGCACAAUUGCAGAUGAGAAGCUCGCCGCUGCACUGAAGCUCGUUGAAGAAUCCAAUGGCCACGUUGUGCUGGCAACAUCGGCCGCGGAGAUUGAAGCGGCGAAAGCGGCCGGCAAUCCUGCGAUCAUCCUGGGAUUCCAGAAUGCCCGAUCCCUUGAAGGCGAUGUAGGCGUACUCGACUAUUUCUAUGAUGCAGGAGUUCGCGUGUUUGGACUCAACCAUCUGGGCCACAAUGAUUUCUCGGACUCGUCGCGUCCCAUCUAUGACGGGUCCACCAAGUCAUACGAACCAACAGAAGAGCAUGGCGGUCUUUCGCCUCUCGGCAUUGCUGCUAUUGAGCGCAUCAAUGCGCUUGGCGGGGUGGUCGAUAUUUCACAAAUGUCGAAGGCUGCUGCAUUGCAGGCUAUCUCCUUGUCCCGAUCGCCGGUGAUCGCAAGUCAUUCCAAUGUUCGGGCCAUCUCAAACGUCACCCGCAAUCUAUCGGACGAAGAGAUUGACCUUAUCGGCGAGAAGGGCGGCGUCAUUCAUGUGGCUGCCUUCGGUGCCUACCUGGUCGCACUCUCAGAUCCCGACACCCUUGCAGCGGUCAAAGCCGUCCGUAUCAAAGCCGGCCUUCCAGAAGAGUAUUCCUACCCCUAUGAGCUUUAUUGGGAGUUGGAAGACCCAACGGCUCAACGUGCCUUUCUGGUUGAAAUGCGCUCAACCAUCGGGCGCGGGAGUGUUUCGGAUAUGAUUGCCCAUAUUGACUAUAUCGUUGACCGCAUUGGCACCGAUCAUGUCGGCAUUGGGAACGACUUUAACCACGGCAGCAGCAUUGAGGGCUACACGGACGCCAGCGAGGCGUUGAAUGUCACCAUUGCUUUGGUGCGGGCUGGCUAUUCGGCUGAAGAUAUUCAGAAAAUCUGGGGUGGUAACUUUCUGCGGGUUCUUAAAGAAGCCGAGCAUGGCGCGACCAUCGACUGA